AUGAGUUUUGUAUUGAUUUUGUCGUUAGUGUUCGGAGGAUGUUGUUCCAAUGUGAUUAGUUUCGAGCACAUGGUGCAAGGCAGCAAUAUAAAUUUGGGAAAUAUUGUUACAUUCACUCAAUUCGUGUCUGUGACGCUAAUUCAGUUGCCCAAUGCUUUGGACUUCUCUCACUUUCCGUUUAGGUUGCGACCUAGACACAUUCCUCUUAAGAUCCAUAUGUUAGCUGUGUUUUUGUUCUUUACCAGUUCAGUCGCCAAUAACAGUGUGUUUAAAUUUGACAUUUCCGUUCCGAUUCAUAUUAUCAUUAGAUGUUCAGGUACCACUUUGACGAUGAUAAUAGGUUGGGCUGUUUGUAAUAAGAGGUACUCCAAACUUCAGGUGCAAUCUGCCAUCAUUAUGACGCUUGGUGCGAUUGUCGCAUCAUUAUACCGUGACAAAGAAUUUUCAAUGGACAGUUUAAAGUUGAAUACGGAUUCAGUGGGUAUGACCCAAAAAUCUAUGUUUGGUAUCUUUGUUGUGCUAGUGGCCACUGCCUUGAUGUCAUUGUUGUCGUUGCUCAACGAAUGGACGUAUAACAAGUGCGGGAAACAUUGGAAAGAAACUUUGUUCUAUUCGCAUUUCUUGGCUCUACCGUUGUUUAUGUUGGGGUACACAAGGCUCAGAGACGAAUUCAGAGACCUCUUAAUUUCCUCAGACUCAAUGGAUAUUCCUAUUGUUAAAUUACCAAUUGCUACGAAACUUUUCAUGCUAAUAGCUAAUAACGUGACCCAGUUCAUUUGUAUCAAAGGUGUUAACAUGCUAGCUAGUAACACGGAUGCUUUGACACUUUCUGUCGUGCUUCUAGUGCGUAAAUUUGUUAGUCUUUUACUCAGUGUCUACAUCUACAAGAACGUCCUAUCCGUGACUGCAUACCUAGGGACCAUCACCGUGUUCCUGGGAGCUGGUUUGUAUUCAUAUGGUUCGGUCAAAACUGCACUGCCUCGCUGA